AGUUUUAUUUGAAAAUCUAGGGGAUUUUCGUAUGUUUGAUUUCAGAGUUUGGCUUUUCAUAAAUCACUGGUUACCAGAAGAGCAGUGACACAGUUUUGUAAAAUAAUAAAAAUAAUACUUUUAUUAGUGGAUUAACAAAAUUGUCAGUAUGUCCAGUCGCGAAGGAGGUAAGAAAAAGCCCCUCAAAGCACCCAAAAAGGAACAGAAAGAAAUGGAUGAUUCGGACGUCGCCCACAAACAGAAAAUGAAGGAACAACAAAAAGCGUUGCAAGAGGCCAAAGCCAAGGCGUCGCAAAAGGGACCCUUGGUUGGGGGUGGUAUUAAAAAGUCCGGCAAAAAGUGACACAUUCUGAAACGACCAUUAUUUCUUAAAGUUAAUUUUGUAAAAUAACUAAAAUAAAACAAUUUCAUUGUCCUCAA